AUGACUUUAAAACUUCUCGAAAUUGACCCGGAGACCGACUUCCCUGAUAUUUCCAGGUGUAUGUUCGAAUCACAUGAAACGCCUGUUCAGCCAUUUUUCCAAGCCUUCUUCCCUACUCAUGGACAUGGAGAUCAGGCUCGCGAAGAUGCCAUAGCUGAAGGCGCGGCCCGUCUACGUUCAUGGCACACCGAGGACCCUACAAGCUACUGGCAGAAAGUAGUCGACACUAGCACAGGUCAGAUCGCUGGUGCGGCGCUUUGGAACAUUUGUAAAGAAGACCCAUUUGCUGAGGAACACCAAAUGGAAGUAACCUGGUUCCCAAAUGACAAAUCGCGUCAUUUUGUCGAGCAGUUCCUUCAGAUUUAUGAAGAACCAAGAGCUCGCGUAGGCCGGCGACCCCAAGUCUACCUAUUUAUUCUUUUCACUCACCCAAAUUACCGCCGCCAAGGCGCCGCCCAGCAAUGCUUGAACUGGGGCAUGAAUAAAGCCGAUGAGAUGGGUGUUGAAAUGUUCUUGGACUCAACACCAGUUGGGAAACCCUUAUAUGAGGCGAACAAGUUUCACGUUAUCGAAAAGACUGUCAUCAUUCCUCAGGUAGACAACCCAGACGAAAAGUGGAAGGAAGCCGAAGAGAAGAUUGGCCACUCAACUUGGUGGCUCAUGUGGAGACCGGUACGAGGGCACUAUGAAGAGGGCGUAACUAUGAAACCAUGGGAGAAAAAUUAA